GGCUCCGCCUUCGUCGCUGCCCGCGAGGUCCCGGCGCCCCCCGCAGCCUUUUCACUGUCUCAGCGCCCUCUGCUACCCGCCGAGGGGCGGCUAAAAACCGUAGUCUGAGCGGACUAGCGCCUGGCGCUUCUCCGUUUUUCCUCUUCUAGCCGCUUGCUCUGCUCGCGUAAAGGUCGGAGGCCGGCGCCUCUCACCGACUGGCGCCGGCGCAUCUGGGCCCUCUCCGCCGGCCACACCAGGGAGACUCACUGCCUCCGGAGUUUCCCAUUCGAGUCAUCACUGGGAACUCUCGCAAUGCCUCCCGCGCGGCUAGUUAACGCCCGCCAGUGAAGGCUCCCCAGCGCGUGGGCUCCGUGUCCUCGCGGAUAUCCCGGCCCUUCGGACACGAUAUGCAGCCCAGGAACUGCGCCGCCGCCUCGGGGGACCCUGCUGUGCUAGCCGCGGGAGAGGCUACUGUGUUCUCGGAUGACUUCACCUCAGUACUGAUUGUUACCCUGUCCCAUAGAACUUUCUCUCACAAUGCGUAUAUUCUGUACCUUUGAGUAACCCUUGACCACUAGCCACCCGUAGCCCUUGAGCAUUUGAUUUAUGGAUAGUGCGACUGAACAGCCAAAUGUUAAAUUUUGUUUAAUUUUUAAGUUAAAUAACCGUGUGUUGUUAGUGACUACCGUAUUACCUUGCGGAUUUAAUGUAGGGUUUUGAAACUAAGUUGCUGAUUCAUAUUUUUUUACUAGGUUUUCUUCGGAGAUGUAGAUUUAGUAAAUGACUAUUUAGCGCUAAAUAUUAUAUCUGUAGUUAAACAUCGUUAGAUCCACCAAAAUGUUUUUGUUUUGCUCAUGUCAACUUUAAACUGAGAAGUCUUCCGUUUCAAUUCUUUAGCACGGAGUGGAUGUCAGGUCUUCUGAACACGUGACUUUGGGGGUGGAGUGGGAAGUAGUUUCAGUUAUUCCUUUUCUGUUUGGGAUGUAGGGAUAGUAUUUAACAUCCAGAGGAAAUCAAACCGUUAUCAUCUGUUCUGUAAUAAGGCAAUAACGUACUGGUCUCCUUAAGCAGUGUCAGUAUUCUUUCAAGUAGAAUAAAGUUUAUUUAACUUUGAAAAGGUAACAAAAAUUAAGAUUUUAUUUAAGUCUAGACUUAGAACACUCAGUAAGUAUGAAAUGGUGUUCUUCUUUUUGGAAGGGAGCCUGAUGUUUUCCCCUCCUUCUUGAGUAUUAAGUUGAUGAGAAACCUGUGGGCAACCCUUAAAGCCCAAAUCCUGGAGAGAAAUCCGGAGAAAGUGAAAACCUUGCUCUUUUAUUGUAAUUCUGGAGGUGGCUUUGUGAAUAGUAUUAGGCUCUCCAGGAGAGUGAUGGGGAGUUAGGAGUCCUCAUAGGCCACGGAUCUGGUGAAAGUGUAACACUGGACUCUACUGGUUGGCAGCAGUGUGGACCUGGAUGGAAAUUAUACAAUAUAGGCUAUUUGGGUGACAUCUUCCUGAAAGAUCUUCAAGAAUUACAGAAGACAAAAACACUAAUGUAUUUGAGAAAGUGGUAAAGUUUAGGGGGAGGGGGAAAAACCUGCUCUCCUGAUCUGCAUCUUGGCUGGAUGUUAAGAUGUCUGUGGACAUGAAUAGCCAGGGGUCUGACAGCAAUGAAGAGGACUAUGACCCAAAUUGUGAAGAAGAGGAAGAGGACGAAGACCCUGGGGACAUAGAGGACUAUUACGUGGGAGUAGCCAGCGAUGUGGAGCAGCAGGGGGCUGAUGCCUUUGAUCCUGAGGAGUAUCAGUUCACAUGCUUGACCUACAAGGAAUCCGAGGGUGCCCUCAAUGAACACAUGACCAGCUUAGCCUCUGUCCUAAAGGUGUCACAUUCAGUUGCUAAACUUAUAUUAGUUAAUUUCCACUGGCAAGUUGCAGAGAUACUGGACAGAUACAAGUCUAAUUCUGCUCAGCUCCUUGUUGAGGCUCGAGUUCAGCCCAAUCCAUUGAAACAUGUCCCCACAUCUCAUCCCCCUCACCACUGUGCAGUGUGUAUGCAGUUUGUGCGGAAGGAAAAUCUACUCUCUCUGGCGUGUCAGCACCAGUUUUGCCGAAGCUGCUGGGAGCAGCACUGCUCAGUACUUGUCAAGGACGGUGUGGGUGUGGGUGUCUCUUGCAUGGCUCAGGACUGCCCGCUCCGAACACCAGAGGACUUUGUGUUUCCAUUGCUGCCCAAUGAGGAAUUGAGAGACAAAUACAGGCGCUACCUCUUCAGGGACUAUGUGGAGAGUCACUACCAGCUCCAACUCUGCCCUGGUGCAGACUGCCCCAUGGUUAUCCGGGUACAGGAGCCCAGAGCUCGCCGAGUACAGUGCAAUCGGUGCAACGAGGUCUUCUGUUUCAAGUGUCGUCAGAUGUAUCACGCCCCCACAGACUGCGCCACAAUCCGGAAAUGGCUUACGAAGUGUGCAGACGACUCUGAAACAGCCAACUACAUUAGUGCUCACACUAAAGAUUGUCCCAAGUGCAACAUCUGCAUUGAGAAGAACGGAGGCUGCAAUCACAUGCAAUGCUCCAAGUGUAAACAUGACUUCUGCUGGAUGUGUCUAGGAGAUUGGAAGACCCAUGGCAGCGAGUACUAUGAGUGCAGUCGGUACAAGGAGAACCCAGACAUUGUCAAUCAGAGCCAGCAAGCCCAGGCCAGGGAGGCCCUCAAGAAGUACUUGUUCUACUUUGAGAGGUGGGAAAACCACAACAAGAGUUUGCAGCUGGAGGCACAGACAUACCAGCGGAUUCAUGAGAAGAUUCAGGAGAGGGUCAUGAAUAAUCUGGGGACAUGGAUUGACUGGCAGUAUCUACAGAACGCUGCCAAGCUCUUGGCCAAGUGUCGAUACACCCUGCAGUACACGUACCCAUAUGCAUACUACAUGGAGUCUGGACCCAGGAAAAAGCUGUUUGAAUACCAGCAGGCUCAACUGGAGGCUGAGAUCGAAAACCUGUCAUGGAAGGUGGAGCGUGCGGACAGCUAUGACAGAGGGGACUUAGAAAACCAGAUGCACAUAGCAGAGCAGCGGAGGAGAACCCUGCUGAAGGAUUUCCAUGACACCUAGAUUGGAACGUGGACAUGCCGGAGUGAAGAAGAUGUGGCUGCGAGGUCUCCCGGCUGCCAUACUGCAUGCUGCAGGCUCUGCCUUUCACGAUCCCAGGCAACAGCCAGGGCCCCACUCCUGAGAGACACUGGCCCCACACUUCUUAGUCAAUUUUCGUUUUUUUCUCAUCUUUUUUGCUUUUUGUUUUUACCAGGGUAGAGGCCAUGUUGAAUUGGCCUCUUUUCAGGACCUUUAAUUCCCCCUGGAUGGUUGUUGGGAGGGUGGGAAAGUUUUUUUCUGAAUGACUAUUAAUAGUAUUAGAUCAUUACAACUUAUGUAAUUUUCAAAAGUUGCACAAUUAUAUAAAAAAAAAGGGGGACAAACCAACCAUAGAAUUACACAGAACCCUUUUUAAAAAUAAAUUGGCAUUGGAGUGUUUUACCCUUCAGCUAUUUUACUUAGAAUGUAACAUAUGCUGCCUGCCCACCUUGCCUCAGAAUGUCUACUUCAAGAGGGCCCCAGGGUGGCCUUCACUUUCUGGAUUCACUUGUGUUUGGCCACAGCUAGAGUCCCAAGGGAAGACCACGAGGGGCAGAUGGUGGGAAACUGAGUUGGCCCGUGUAAUAGGCACGGGGUAUAGGAAAUCACAUUGUGCCUCCUGCCUGGUCCUUGUAGACCCUUUUGUGGUCAAAUGUACUGCCUUACCUUGGCAGUGAGGGGACAAUAUAGCACAGCGUCUUACCACAGUGUGUCAUCGUGUCUGAUGGCCCUUCAUGUCUCUGGACUCAUCUUUAUUCUUAAAAGUAAGGUUUACCUGGGUCUGGCUACUGAGGUCAGAGCCCACAGCAGGGUGUGCCCAUGGACUUGUGGCCCUCCAGACCAGGGGAUGUGAGUUUAGUACAGUUUAAUAUAGAGAUCCACUUAUAAAGGGAAUUGUUCCCCCAAGUAAGUUUGUCUUACCUUGGUCCCUUCUUUUAUGCCAGUGUUCACUGGUGUAACUCUGAGCAGGUUCACACACAGCCAUCCAUACCUGACACUGUCCUGCUCCCAAGGGUUCUGGUCUUCCUGGCUCAGGGGCCUUGUUUGCACAAGUUAUUUUCAUGUUACCUGGAGUGUAUGCCUCCCUGUUACCUACUCUGGGAGUUGGGUGUGUUCCCUCUCGCCUGUGACUCCAGCUGUUGGACACCACCUCUAGAGUCUGGGAGCCCGAGGCCAGGAGAAGCCUUGAUUUGUGGCCUCAGCUCUGUACCCGGAGGAGCUGGCCAGGAAAAAAGGCCAGCUUUUUACUGUUAGCGCAAAGAAACAAGAGGGUUUCAUGGUGUCCUACCUGUCCUGAGCCUGGUCUUAUGGGCCUUUCAGAAGUUACAUCUGUCAUUCUUGGGAUUUCUGUGGCUUUUUUUCAGUGCCUCCGCUCUGAGGCUGGCAUAGCUAUCCUUACAGGGCCUCCGAAAGAGUUGCUUGGGAGAUAUGCUAAUAAAUAUUGUGUUAGGAAUUCUUUGAUAUUCAGACAUUUUCACCUCAGUUGGUAAUUUCCAGGUGCCAUGUAAGCUGUAAAUUGAAUCACUCUUGAAGACAGAGGACAGCUGUGACUCUCAGGGUCAUGGGGUGCAUGGCCGUCUACAGGCUUUCUCCCCCAUCAGAUGUUGUCUCUUCCUGUCAUCUCCUUCAAGGAAGGGACUGUGGGGUGGAGUGGAUGGGCAGGUUAAGAGUGUAGCGGAUGAACCCAGAAUUGAACAGUGGUGUGCUACUGAAGGAGGAGAGUACCAGCUCCAGGGUUGAGGCACGGGGUGUGACUGCUGCCUUGGCACUUGGAAGAUUGUAGUGGCUGGAGCCUUUACUUCUCCAAUGAGUCCUUCCUGUGCCACCUCCAUGGCACUGGCAGGACUUGAGUUGCAGCUCUACACCUUAGGUCACACCCUGAGCAUUCCUGGGCACUUUUUGGACUGUAUAGCUACCACAUGACGCACUUGCAUCCAGCUGUGGCCCCAGCCCCUGGAACUGUAAGAGGUUCUGUGUCCAGUUGGCAACCCGCAGCCCUUGACCUGUGGAGAGCUUCCUUUUGUGCCCCAAGUGGCUGUCCCUUGUUAACAUCACCAGGAAUAUGGAAAAGAUCAGGCAGAAUUGUUCUGCCCUGCAAGGGAAGGCAGAGUUUUCAUUAAUUUACCAUAAAUCUUUGUUUUCUUCAAAGAAAAAGUUGAGGCAAUGUCUGCUCAAAAUUGAGUGGUUUAUUCAAAAUAAACUUAAAAGUUUCUGAU